AUGGAUUCCGACUCGGACGUUCAGCACGAUGAGACCCUCCAGCAGGACUCGGAGGUCGAGGAGCAGGUGCAGGAGAAGAAGCCCAAGUCUGCGCUCAAGAAGCCCGCCGCGCCCACAGCGCCUGCGAUAGCGAGGCCCGAGCUGCCGCCCCAGCCCAACCCCGAAAACCUCGACGUGUCGACCCUCAACCCUCUGACCGACUACAUCAUCGCGCGCCAGGCCACCAUCAACAUUGGCACCAUCGGACACGUCGCUCACGGCAAGUCGACCGUCGUCAAGGCCAUCUCGGGCGUCCAGACGGUCCGUUUCAAGAACGAGCUCGAGCGCAACAUCACCAUCAAGCUGGGUUACGCCAACGCCAAGGUCUACAAGUGCGACAACCCGGAAUGCCCGCGCCCGACGUGCUACCGGAGUUUCAAGAGCGAGAAGGAGGUCGACCCGCCAUGCGAGCGCGACGGCUGCAAGGGUACCUACAGGCUGCUCAGACACGUUUCCUUCGUCGACUGCCCCGGUCACGAUAUUCUCAUGAGCACUAUGCUUUCGGGCGCCGCAGUCAUGGACGCGGCGCUUCUGCUCAUCGCCGGAAAUGAAACUUGCCCUCAGCCCCAGACCUCUGAGCACUUGGCUGCCAUCGAGAUCAUGAAGCUCAACCACAUCAUCAUCCUGCAGAACAAGGUCGAUCUCAUGAGGGAAGAGGGCGCCGACCAGCACUACCAGUCGAUAUUGAAGUUCAUUCGCGGCACGGUCGCCGACGGCUCUCCCAUCAUCCCCAUUUCCGCCCAGCUCAAGUUCAACAUUGACGCCGUCAACGAGUACCUCGUCACCAAGAUCCCCGUCCCCGUGCGCGACUUCACGGCGAAGCCUCACAUGAUUGUCAUUCGGUCGUUCGAUGUCAACAAGCCCGGUGCGGAGAUUGAGGAGCUGAAGGGCGGUGUCGCCGGUGGUUCGAUUUUGACUGGUGUGCUCAAGCUCGGCGACGAGAUUGAGAUCAGGCCCGGUAUCGUCACCAAGGAUGAGCAGGGCAAGAUCCAGGCCAAGCCCAUCUUCAGCAGGGUUGUCUCCCUGUUCGCCGAGCACAACGACCUUAAGUUUGCUGUUCCCGGUGGUCUGAUUGGUGUUGGUACCCGCGUCGACCCCACGCUCUGCCGUGCCGAUCGUCUGGUCGGCUUCGUUCUGGGUCUCCGUGGCCACCUGCCCGCCAUCUACACGGAGCUCGAGGUCAACUACUUCCUGCUGCGCCGCCUGCUGGGUGUCAAGACGGCCGACGGCAAGCAAGCCAAGGUCGCCAAGCUCGCGAAGAACGAGGUUCUCAUGGUCAACAUUGGCAGUACCGCGACGGGCGCCAAGGUUGUGGCUGUCAAGGCCGAUGCGGCCCGCCUGACCCUGACCAGCCCUGCGUGUACCGAGAUCGGCGAAAAGGUCGCACUUUCUCGGAGAAUCGAGAAGCACUGGCGUCUUAUUGGCUGGGCCAACAUUGUGGCCGGCACGACGCUCACGCCCACGGAGGAUUAG